GUUGAAAACUUGCAGGCAAAGCGCGCGGUCGCGUUUACAUUCGAAAAUAAUAAAAUCGCUCGCCACGCAUGCGCAGCUCAUCAUCGCGUGUGUGCGAAUUGGCCAACGAUUCGAUCGAUUGCAAUUGGCUUUUUGCAAUAUUUAAUAACAAUAAAUUAUGACGACAGUAAAGCCACAUUUACAAAGUCCUAUUGCGCCACCAAGAGUAGAUGUUAGUUUUGUGAAAUAAAAAACCAGUCGAAACCCAAACUGUUAUUGAAAGUGAACGCAAUGCGGGAACAUGGUGACAACAAUUAAGAUAACCUGUGAUGGCGUCUUCAUCCAGUCCAACUCGUACCUCAUGCCCUCGUCUCCACCCAGCGGAGCAGGUGCAGCAGGAUCGGCUUCCUCGAAUCGGGCACUGAAAUCUGCGUCCGUAUCGCCUUCCAAUUCGAACAACGAGAGCGAUAAUUCGCAGACGAGUAGCGGCAGUCAGACGGCUUCCAGUGCCAGCAAGCGGUCCAAUCGAUCGGUGGGCCGGAGUCAUCGAGGAUCGGGGGCGCAGGACACGAGGCGACGCUACUACUUUGGCAGCAAGGACAUCUAUUGGUGCAAGCAGAGCAGGGAGGCAUCGGCGGCAGGAACCAUCUCGGGCUCGGGAUUAACGCGAAGCGCUAGCAGUGCAACCCACAAGGAGGCGGCCACCCAUGCCACCCACAGUGGUGGGCAGGUGAUCUCCCGGGCUCGUCGCAAGCCCAUCCUCCUGUGCAGCAGCUUGAGCGCCGCUUAUGCGCCUCCCCGCCGGCGGGAGUUCUACUUCUGCGACAAGUAUGCACCAAGUACUGGACGGAGUACACCCAAUCCGAUCACUUCCUCAGCAACAACUGCCAAAAACGAAUCUUCCCCGCCUAUCGACGCCCGCCUGCUGAACUUUCUGCGCUGCGCCCAUCGCAAAUUCCAGGCGAACAAAACUAAAUCCGAGCUCCAACAGACCAAAGACAGAUCCUUGGGAAAUUCCCGGGAGAGGACAAAGAAAAACGGACAGCAGUCGUCCCGCUCGCUGCCGCCCAUUGCCAGCUCGGAGGAGUGGUUCGACGAAGAAGCCCUAGCUAGGGAGACCAGCAAGGAGAAGAGCCAGAAGACCCAGCAGAAACAGAAGGAGAAGGAGGAGAAGGAACCGCUUUCAAGGAAGGCGUCCGGCGAGGGCGAUCUGAUCACCGUUGAGAUCAAGCAGGGACUGCUGAGGAAGCAAAAGCAGCCGUCGCCAACCAACGAAGGCUCAACAUCGACGACAGGCACGGCUAUGAACAGCCACGCGACCGCCACGCAGAACGGACAAACCACGGUCGUCGGACACCAUCGCGGAUUCUCGCAGCCCUCGGUGACAGUGGCCGCUGCAGCGGCGACGGGCAGUACGGCCGGCGAUCCAUGGUUCCUGCAGACCACCGGCCACCAGAUGCCACCCACCGCACCGCUGCGGCACAACAAGCGUCGCCCCCAGCCGAAUGCGGUCCUGGGAGCAGGAUCCGCUGGCACCGCAGCUGGAUCGGCGGUGGGGGCGGUGCUGCUCCACCAGCAGCAGCUUAGCCAGUCGCAGCCACACAUUGUGCCGCCCAGUAUACCGCCGCAUCACCACCAUCAUCGCGAGAACAAUGUGCAUCCCAGCCAGGCGGGCGCGGCAGCUGCAUUGCAUUUGUCAUCGCAUGCGCUUAAUAGUCAUAAUUUAAUCAGCAGCGCCAGCAAUCAUUCGCCCAAGUCCCCCAGCCAGACGCAGCAGCAGCAGCAACAACAGACGACGAGCCAACAGCAGCAGCAACAGGCGUCCCACAGCAUUUUGUCCACGUUUGCGCCAGCCCCCACUGUGGCCUCUGUUCAGCCGGCGGGAUCACAGGUAGCGAUAGCCGGUACCGCCGCCGCAGUGGCCGCCGUGGCCCAACAGCAACAGCAGCAGCACCUCCAGCUGCUGGCCAACUGUGCGUCCGGUGGAGCGGGUCUGAUGUCCUCCUCGCUGAAUGCCGCUCAAAUGGCGUUGCAUGGCGCCGAGCGCGCGCUGCCGCCAAAGAGUCUGGCGCUGACUGGAAGCCAGCAUGGUAGCAACAUGCUGCUGCACACAGCCACCCAACCGACGCAGGUAUCCCAGCCGGCGCCAGUGGUCGGCGUAAGUGGCAGCGGAUCGGCGGGCAUGUCCACCUCGCUGCACAGCUUCGAUAUCAAUGGUGGCGCUGGGGCCAGCGGAGUAAAUGCGAGCAGUGCGUGGUCCAGCGGCUCCACCACGGCCAUGAACCACGCCUCCCUCUCACCCACAGCGAUGGCACCGCAGCAAGGUCGUUCUCGGUGCGAGGUCAAGCUGAACGCCAUGCCAUGGUUCCAUGGCAGCAUUACGCGGGACGAGGCGGAGCACCUACUGCAGCCCCGUGAGGAUGGAUUGUUCCUGGUGCGCGAAUCCACAAACUUCCCCGGCGACUACACGCUCUGUGUUUGCUUCCAGUCCAAGGUGGAGCACUAUCGGGUGAAGUACCUGGAAAACAAGCUGACCAUUGACGACGAAGAGUAUUUUGAGAAUUUAGGACAGUUGGUGGCGCAUUAUGAAGCGGAUGCGGAUGGCUUAUGCACCCAGCUAAUCAAGUGCUUGCCCAAGCUGGGUAAACAAGAGUUCUGCAUCAACUCCAAAGAUUUCGUUGACAAGGGCUGGGUGAUCCCUGAGGCGGAACUGCAGCUUCGCGAGAGCAUCGGAAAGGGCGAGUUCGGAGACGUGAUGCUGGGCAUAUUACGCAACGAGAAGGUGGCCGUUAAGAUGCUGAAGGAUGAGGGGGCCGUGCAAAAGUUUCUGGCCGAGGCCUCGGUCAUGACCACGCUGGAGCACGACAAUUUGGUAAAGUUCAUCGGCCUGGUCUUCACUAGCAAGCAUCUCUAUCUGGUUACAGAGUACAUGAGCAAGGGAUCACUGGUUGAUUACCUGCGAUCGCGCGGACGACAGCACAUUACCAAAAAGGAUCAAAUCAUUUUUGCCUACGACACUGCCUCUGGUAUGGAGUAUCUGGAAGCCAAAAAGGUUGUGCAUCGCGAUCUGGCAGCCCGCAAUGUUCUUAUCUCGGAGGAAUGUGUGGCCAAGGUAUCGGAUUUCGGUUUGGCACGCGAGGAAUGCUACAAUCUUGACGUUGGCAAGCUGCCCAUCAAAUGGACGGCUCCCGAGGCGCUCAAAAAUGGGCGCUUUUCCAACAAAUCCGACAUGUGGAGCUUUGGCAUACUGCUGUGGGAAAUCUACUCCUUUGGACGCGUGCCUUAUCCCAGAAUUCCAUUAGCCGAUGUGGUGAAGCACGUUGAGGUGGGCUAUAAAAUGGAAGCGCCGGAGGGCUGUCCGCCGGAGAUCUACGAGAUGAUGCGCCAGGCCUGGGACCUGAAUCCCGCCAAGCGACCAACAUUCGCGGAGCUCAAGGUUAAGCUGCAGUUGCUGAACAAUGCUACGGCGUGAGGAGGCACCGAGGUAUUGACGCCAGGGCGAUAAAGGAGAAAUAAAACGGAUUGUUCAGACCAACUGUCAUCGAAGCUAAGGGUAGAGCCAAUCCCUGCCAGAAAUGCUCCAGAUCCAAAGCUGAAACUGACAUGACACCGACACUGAACGCAACAAUUUUUCGUACGAUUAUAUACAUACAUGAAUAUAUAACUACUUUACAACAAUUUAUUUACAUAUAUAAUUUAUGGAAUAAGUUUUGUAAGCUUAAGCAAAGGAACCCAACACAAUCAAGCAAUGUUAGUGAGUUGCGCUAGCUUCCGACAUAUAAUUAAUUGAUAAACAACCGAACGGACUAUGUAUGAGGGAGCGGAGGAAGAGCAGCUGCAUAGCCUACCUACUACUACCUUUAACUACCACAAUAUUAUGUUAUGUGUACACUGUAACUGUAGCUAUUUAUUACUUAACUCCUUGGUUCGGACUCCACUGUAACAUUUCUCUUCUGGAUUCGUAACCACGUCUGUAUCUUUAUGUUAUAGAAUACGCAUACAUAUGAGCGCCUCCUUCUCUGGUGGCGUCUGUCUAAAGCAAUUGUUUAUAUAAUGUUUCCCUUUGAAAUCGUAGAAACGCAAAGUUUUAUUCGAGUUUCGUACUCUUUCUGUUAACCGUUUCUGUUUGUAGCACAAAACUGAGGAAAGACCACAAAGAACUUGUCCAACAAGUCGUUGGAAACGAGAUCAUGCUGAGAAUUAGUUAAAUUUAGUUACAUUUAUUUGUAUUGAAAAUCAAAAAAAAAAAAACAAACAAAAAUUAUGCAAAAAAGCAAGCGAAACCUAAGCAAAAAUAAACGAAGGUGGCGGCGGCCGCGUGUCCUUAAACUCAAAAAAAAGAAAAGUAAAGAGAAAAACACUUGUGAAAAUAUGCAUUACAUUAAAACUUCUACAUAUAAUACAAUACACAUUAACUACGUAUUUAGCAUAUGAAUCGAUUAAUAAUAUUAUACAAAUAUAAAUUAUUACGCGCAAAGUUCGUGAAUUUGUUCAUUAUUCGGUCCAUUCUUCUAACAAGGAAUCUCCUUCUCUGUACUCUAAUGCAGCUAGCGGAAAGGCAAAGGAAAAAUGUAAUUUAUUUUUUAAACGUACCCCGUAAUUUACUUAAUACCUAAUGCUUAUUUUAGUGUUCCCCUAAGAAACUUGUACAUUUAUGCGUUUUAAUUUCCGAUCAAGCGGCAGCCACUUUGCUUUAACACUUAAUUUUAGUAUACUUUAUGUAACACACACCUAAUACACCAAUACACCCCCUCACAUAUAAACACGUCCACAUGACUUACAUUUAAUUAAUUUUAAAGUUAUUAUUUUUUUAAAACACAUCAAUCAAUAUUGUAAAAGAAAGUUCUAUGCAUUAGCAAAACAAACCCGGGAGACAACCACACAAACUUGCACCAAUACACAAAUCUUAAACGAGGUGAUUAAACAAAGGCGGAGAGUUCUAAAACUUUUAAUAAAAGUAAAGAAUACAAGCAUGAA